UGCUCAGUCUGCGGAGCUUCUUCUGCUCGGAUCCGCUUCUCCAGUUCCUGAACAGGAAUGCCAGGAGUUCAGCAGCAGGUAACAGCUGAUGAGAACCAGAUGGCUUUAACUGAGGCCUGCCUUGUUCUCAGAUGUCCCGGGUUCAUUCAGGAAGUCCCAGAUGGACGUUCAGAGCAGGAUGAGUGACGUCCGACUGGUUUCAGCUUCCUCCUCCAUCUGCAAGGUGACAGGCCCAUUAAUGGGAUGCGGUUCCCAUGGCAAUGAGCCUCCGGCCUUCAUUCUGCCCCCACGCAAUAUCCGGGUCACCCUGGGUGGACAUGCCCGACUGGAGGGGAAGGUACGAGGUCAUCCUGAACCACAGGUCACAUGGUACAGAGAAGGGCAGGCUAUUAUUGGUGGAGAGCGCUGUGUCAUGGAGCGAGGUGGGCGUGGCACCUUCAGCCUGGUGGUGGGCGGAGUCACAGAGGAGGACCUGGGCCGUUACACCUGUCAGGCAGCCAAUCCGGCAGGAAGCCGGCAGGUUACUGUGGAGAUCCUUCUGGAAGAGAAUUCUGGGAAGAAGUACGUCCUGCCGUCGUCCAUGAAAACCGGGUGUGGCUCCGCAGUCCCUCCGUUAGACAACAGAACCAGUAUCUGGAGUGAGAGUCCACCAAAGUUCAUCACCAAACCAACCCGAGUUUUCGUCAGACCAGGUCAGGACGGGAAGCUCUCUGUCAAAACCACAGGACGCCCACAGCCGCAGGUCACAUGGUACAAGGGGGAGGCGGAGCUUCAGUCGUGUGGGCGGAUUAGAGUGUACGAGCUCUCAGGUCGCCACUUCCUGGAGAUAAAGUCGGUCUGUGAGGAGGACGCAGGAAGUUACACGUGUUACGUCACCAACAGCUCUGGGACGGCGACCGCCAGCGCUGAGCUCACAGUCCACAGUGUUCCUGAUGCCUCGUCCAGCAGCGUCCAGCUACCUGAGGGUCACCAGACCAGAACCAGGAACCAGACAGUGGACACAGCUGCUCAGGUGAUGCUUGUUCAGGUCCCGUCAGCCAGUCCUGAUCCAGUUCAGACCGGUUCAGUCCAGCAGCUGGCAGUGGCAUGGGACAGCAGCCGGCCUUUGAGGAGGUCCACAUCAGUGUCCGGUCUGCGGUUCGAGGCUGUUCCUCUGGAUCAGGAGGCCAUCGAGGGAGCACAGGUCACAUUCACCUGCCAAGUCUCAGCUGUUGCUGUUUCCAUGGUUACCUGGCUGAGAGACGGGGACCCUGUGGGGACUGGACCAGGUCUGGAGCAGAGACAGGACGGGACCCGUCUGACUCUGACCAUGGAGAGGGUGAGACAGACGGACCAGGGGACGUACAAGUGUCAGCUGAGCACUGCUGAUGGACAACCUGUAGAGUCGGCAACAUGGACGCUGCGUGUCCACAGUGCGUCCAGGCCUCCGGUCUUCAUCAGCCUGCUGCAGGACUGCAGCGUAGCAGAGGGUCAGAGAAUCAGCCUGCAGGUCCGCGUGGAGGGAAGACCUGCUCCUUGUGUCAGCUGGCGGUUCAACGAGCACCCUGUCCUGGCUAAGGCUCGAUCUUCAUAUGUUGGGGGCGUGGCCACACUGACCAUACAGGAAGCAUCGCGGCGUGAUGACGGUGUGUACGUAUGCGUGGCGGAGAACAUCCACGGCCAAGCUGAGAGCAGCGUCCGAGUCCACGUCAAAGGUGGUGCGGUGUCUCGGAGGUCAGAGGUCACAGCAGCAGGAGAGGCUCCCGCCUUCAUCAGGAGGCUGAACCACCUGGAGGUGAUGGACGGCAGCAGGGUGGCCAUGACGGUGGAGCUGAGCGGUCAUCCUCCUCCUCAGGUCAUGUGGCUCCAUGACGGGCAGGAGGUCAUGGAGUCGGAGGACUUCCACCUCCUCCGGGAGGAGAACUGCUGCACUCUGCUGAUCCUGGAAGUUUUCCCUGAGGACACCGGGACCUACAGCUGCUGGGCCUGGAAUCGGUACGGGGAGGACCGAACAGAAGCCCGGCUCACUGUGAAGGAGCCUCAGGACGGCAUCCAGCCCUGGUUCAUCACCAAACCCAAACCAGUCAGCGCCACCGUGGGUCAACACGUCCUACUGUCCUGCGCCGUCGCUGGAGACCCAUUUCCUCAGUACACCUGGACCAGAGGAGACCCGGGCCAAGCCCUGAGUUCUGGAGGAGAUUACGAGCUGCUGCAGAAGGAGGAUGUCAUCUCGCUUCUCAUCAGACCGGUUAAAAAACAUCAUGCAGGAGAGUACCUGAUCCACCUGAGAAACCAGGUGGGGGAGUGCAGCGCUGUGGCUCACCUGUCCGUCACAGGAGGAAGAGAUGAAGACAGGAGGGGAAGAAGAGGACCAGCAGGAGACAGCAGAGUGGCAGCAGCAGGAGGAAGAGGAGGAGGAGGAGCUGGUGGAGCAGCAGAUCUGAGAGGUGGUGCCACAGGAGGAGGAGGAGGAGGCAGCAGCAGCGGUGGGGUCAGUCGGCAGGAGGCCAUCCAGGAGCAGGAGGAGAACCACAAAGUUCUGCAGCAGGAGGAGAGGAAGAGGAAGGAGGAAGAGGAGAAGGGUGACCAGGACAGGUCUGCCGCCGCUCCUCGAGGCCUCCUCAGACGCUGUGUGGAAACCAGGGAGCGCGGUGAAGAGGAGCUGCGACAGAGGGAGGCGCAGCAGCUAGACUUCCGCUCGCUGCUGGGACGGCGAGCGCUUCAGGCCGAGGAGCCAAAGGAGACCGCCGCCACCGCCCAAGACCUCCACAUGGAUUUUAAAUCCAACCUCAGGGGGGUCAAACCCAAGAUGGAGGAGAAGGUGAGCUCCUCGCAGCAGGUGGACUUCCGCAGCGUGUUGGGGAAGAAAAGCAGCAACAACAAGCCGCCGCCGCCCGACACGCCACCCAAGAACGCUGCCGACUUCCGCUCCAUCCUCACCAACAAGAAGAAGGUGGCGAGCCCCGAGAAGAACGGGGAGAGCGAGAAGGUCAACAACUGCCUGGAUGGAGGGAUUCAUGAGAAGAACGGCGGCGGAGGAGGAGGGACGGCGCCGGAGUUCAUGGAGAACCUCAGUGACAUGACGGUGCUGGACGGACAGCAGCUCAGGCUGCAGUGUCGCCUCGCCGCCGCCACCGAUGUCACCAUCACCUGGACGCUGGACGGGAAGACCAUCAAACCGUCCAAGUUCAUCAUCCUCGCAAACGAAGGAGGUCUCUGCUCUCUGACCAUCAACAAAGCUCUACCAGAGGAUGAAGGACAGUAUCGAUGCAGAGCUGAGAACGCAGCGGGCAGAACUGACACUUCUUGUAUGGUUCUGGUGGACGAUCCUGCAGAAAACUCUCCAGCAGACAAGAAGUCCAAGAAGGCGACUCCAACCUCAGAGAGUGAAGCCAGAAUAAAGAAACCGACUCCGAAGACUCCGCCCAAACAAGCUCUGCCUCUUCAGAUACUGCAGUUUCCAGAGGACAUGAAGAUCCUGGCUGGGGAGAAGGUGGAGAUCCUGUGCAGGUUCUCUGGAGCUCCGCCCAUCACCUGCACCUGGCUGAAGUUCCGGAAACCAAUCCAGGACGGCUCAGCCGACAUCUCCAUAGAAACCAGCGACGGCAGCAGUAAACUGACCAUCAGCAGCGGUCAGCAGGAGCACUGCGGCUGCUACACCAUCGAGUUGAGGAACAGUUACGGCCUCCGACAGGCCGCCCUCAACCUCACCAUCGUCGAUAAACCCGACCCCCCAGCGAAGGUCCCUGCAGCCUCGGACAUCCGGCGGUCCAGUCUGACACUGUCGUGGUACGGGCCGACCUACGACGGAGGCAGCGCCGUGCAGUCCUACAACCUGGAGAUCUGGGACUCUGUGGAGCAGCAGUGGAAACACCUGGUAUCCUGCAACAGCACCUCCUACAAUGUACAGAACCUUCGUCCAGAACGGCAGUACAAAUUUCGCGUGCGGGCACAGAACAUCUAUGGUGUCGGAGAACCGAGCGCCGAGUCUGAACCAGUGACCGUCGGACUGGUGGACGAUGAAAACCAGGAGGAGGCUGAUGCAGACGAGGAGGAUGAAGACUCAGAGAAGGAGCCAGAGUACAGAGACGUGAGCAUCCGGACCGACAUGAAGGUCAAGGACCUGUACGAUGUGGAAGAGAGGCUGGGAACAGGGAAGUUCGGUCAGGUCUUCAAGCUGGUGGAGAAAGCUACGAAGAAGGUUUGGGCAGGAAAGUUCAUCAAGGCGUACUCUGCGAAGGAGAAGGAGAACGUCCGGCAGGAGAUCGGCAUCAUGAACAGCCUCCAUCAUCCAAAACUGGUCCAGUGUGUCGACGCCUUCGAGGGCAAGUCAGACAUAGUCAUGGUCCUGGAGAUGAUCUCAGGCGGCGAGCUGUUCGAGCGUAUCAUCGAUGAAGACUUUGAGCUGACGGAGAGGGAGGUGAUUAAAUACAUGCUGCAGAUCAUCGAUGGCGUCAGCUUCAUCCACAAACAGGGCAUCGUCCACCUCGACCUCAAACCAGAGAACAUUAUGUGCAUCAAUAAGACCGGCAGCAAGAUCAAACUCAUCGACUUUGGCCUUGCCAGACGACUGGAAAACGCAGGAACUCUGAAGGUUUUGUUCGGGACUCCAGAAUUUGUGGCUCCAGAAGUGAUCAACUAUGAAGCCAUUAGUUAUCCCACCGAUAUGUGGAGUAUAGGAGUCAUCUGUUAUAUUCUGCUGAGUGGACUCUCUCCCUUCAUGGGUGACAACGACAACGAGACUUUGUCCAACGUCACCUCGGCCACGUGGGACUUUGAGGAUGAGGCCUUCGAUGAAAUCUCCGAUAACGCCAAAGACUUCAUCACCAACUUACUAAAGAAAGACAUGAAAGCUCGGUUGACCUGUGCUCAGUGUUACCAACACCCUUGGCUGAAGCAGGACACCAACACCAUGAAGGCCAAGAAGCUCUCCAAGGAGAGGAUGAAGAAGUACAUCCUGAGGAGGAAGUGGCAGAAAACUGGUCACGCUGUCCGAGCCAUCGGAAGACUGUCGUCCAUGGCUAUGAUGGCCGGAGUCAGCGCUAAGAAAGGCUCGCCCACUGAAGAGGAAAACCAGUUCUUGGAGUGUCUGGAGGUGGAGCAGAAGACGGAGAGCAAGCCCAGCUUCAGCGUGGUCAUCAGAGACGUGGAGGUGGUGGAGGGCAGCGCCGCCCGCUUCGACUGCAAGAUAGAAGGUUAUCCGGACCCGGAGGUGGUCUGGUACAAGGACGACCAGCCCAUCAAGGAGACCCGACACUUCCAGAUUGACUACGACGAGGACGGGAACUGCAGUCUGGUCAUUUCUGAGGUGUCGGGAGAUGAUGACGCCAAGUACACGGUGAAGGCCGUCAACAGCCUCGGAGAGGCCACCUGCACCGCCGAGCUGCUGGUGGAGGUGAUGGCUGGGGAGGAGGAGGAGGAGGAGGAAGAGUAAACACCUGGCUGUCUGGACUCCCACAGGAGGAGGAGGAAGCUCGGUUGUCAAACCUGAUCAGAAAAAAUGAGCCACAGUGAUAGAGGAGCUGGUGGGCGGAGUUUCACACACACCUGUACAUGUAGAGUGACACACUGAGCAUGUGCAGAACUGUUCACCAUAAAAAAUGAAGCUGAGAAAGAAUCAGAAAAAAAUUAACAAAUUUACAUAAUAAUUAAUACAAAAUAAACAUAAAAGACAAGUAAUUCAUUUGAAUAAAUUUCCUUAUUUGUUCAUUUAUUAGUUUGGUUAUAUUUAUUGUUU